AUGCGUCUUCUGGGGUGUCACACGGAUGGGAGCCUGCGGAUUACAGGGAACCUCAUUGACAACAUCCCACGGUACGCCAUCCUCUCCCAUACUUGGGGCGACGACGAACAGGAGGUGAACUUGCGCGACAUCCAAGAUGGCACGGGCCAGCACAAGGACGGCUACGAAAAGCUCAUGUUCUGCGCCCUCCAAGCCUCCAAGGAUGGCUUGCAGUACUUCUGGGUCGAUACGUGCUGUAUAGAUCAGAGUAACAGCACGGAGCUAUACGAGGCGAUAAACUCAAUGUUUCGCUGGUACCAGAAUGCUACUCACUGCUACGCCUACCUGACUGAUGUAUCCGACGCUUGCGCAUCAUGGCAGACAGCUUUCAGGAAUAGUCGGUGGCUAACACGCGGCUGGACACUACAAGAAUUGGUAGCUCCCAAGUCGGUCAUUUUCUUUGCCAAAGAGGGACAACGACUAGGGGACAAGGCAUCUCUAGAGAUGCUCCUCCACGAGACUACCGGUAUUCCAGCUGAAGCGCUCCAGGGGGCACCAUUAGCCGACUUCAGCAUUAACGACCGGUUCUCAUGGGUGGGAAACCGCAAGACAAAACGUCCCGAAGACAAGGCGUACUGCUUGCUUGGCAUCUUCGGCGUAUUUAUGCCCAUGAUAUAUGGAGAAGGAGAAGAAAAGGCAAUGAGUCGAUUGCGAUGGGAGAUUGGCAAAGAUCUCAUCAGCGACGCCGGCAAGCAGUGCCUGGCUGACUUGCGUGUGACGGAUCCUCGAGACGACAAGCUGCGAAUCCAAGAGACCAAAGGAGGUCUGCUAGAGCACUCAUACACCUGGGUGCUACAUAAUCCCGGAUUCCGCCAGUGGCACGAUGGCGAAAGCCAGCGCCUCCUAUGGGUCAGGGGUGACCCAGGGAAAGGCAAGACAAUGCUGCUCUGUGGCAUUAUUGAUCAGUUGCGCCUGAGGCCGGUCGAACACGACAAGCGGCGACUCAUCGCGUUUUUCUUCUGUCAGACCACUGACGACCGCAUCAACUCUGCCACAAACGUGUUACGCGGCCUGAUCUUCAUGCUCAUCGACCAAGACGCUACCCUCCUCUCGCAUCUCGAGAGGAAGUAUGAGGCCGCCGGCAGGGCUCUCUUUGAAGACGUCAAUGCAUGGCAGGCUCUGUGCAAUAUCUUUGUCGACAUCCUCCAAGAUGCACGUCUCCACGAAGUAUACCUUGCUAUCGAUGCGCUCGAUGAGUGUGCUACAGAUCUGCCGCAGCUUCUCGAUCUGAUUGUGCGGGUAUCGCAUUCAAGGUCUCGCGUCAAAUGGCUCGUCUCAAGCCGCAACUGGGCACAGAUUGAGGAACGACUGAGCACUGCAGCUCGGGGUCUUUCGCUAGAAGUGAACUCGACCUCGGUCGCAGAUGCUGUUGAGCGCUUCAUCAACCACAAGGUUGCGCAGCUUGCUCAAAAGAAGAGCUACAGUGCAAAUGUCGUCAUGGAAAUCCAUCAACACCUAUCUGCAAAUGCCAACGGCACAUUUCUCUGGGUUGCUUUAGUGUUGCAGGAGCUCGACAAGGCACCCCGAUGGAGCGUGCUACAGCGACUGAAGUCUUUCCCAGCUGGCCUCGAUCAUCUCUACCUGCAGAUGAUUCAGAAUCUUCUUGAGUUUGAUGGGUUCUAA